AGGCUGAGACUGUACCGGGGUGCGGGGGAACCGCCUCGAGGCGGGAGGCGCGGCGGCCGAGGCGUGUCUGCACUGGUCGCCUGAACAAGGCGGACCAUGACUGUGCCUUCGGUGGCGUCUCUCGCCGGACCGCUCUUCCCGAGGUUUCUCUAAGCCAUUCCCUGGUGGAACCGCUCUCAGAUCCCACAUGUAAACGAGAUCACACAGUAUUUGUCCUUCUCUGUAUGGCAUUUCACUUAGCGUAAUGCCCUCAUGGUCCUUCCGUGUUGUCAUGGUGUUACAAAUGAUUUUGUCCACAGGUGCUUGUGGAAAAGAUGGCUGAUAUUAACCUCAAAGAAGUAACCUUAAUAAUAGGCGUAGUUGCUGCUUGCUAUUGGAACAGCCUCUUUUGUGGUUUUGUUUUUGAUGAUGUGUCAGCAAUACUGGAUAAUAAAGACGUGCAUCCAUCUACACCUUUAAAAACUUUAUUUCAGAAUGAUUUCUGGGGAACCCCUAUGUCUGAAGAGAGAAGCCACAAGUCUUACCGUCCCUUAACAGUAUUGACAUUUCGCUUAAAUUAUUGGUUUAGUGAACUGAAACCUAUGUCAUAUCAUCUCCUAAAUAUGAUUUUUCAUGCUGUGGUUAGUGUGAUAUUUCUUAAAGUCUGCAAACUCUUUCUGGAUAACCGGAGUAGUGUGAUUGCUUCUUUACUUUUUGCAGUGCACCCAAUACACACAGAAGCAGUAACAGGUGUUGUAGGAAGAGCAGAACUUUUGUCAUCUAUCUUUUUUCUAGCUGCAUUUUUGUCAUUUACCAAAUCAAAAGGACCAGAUAAUUCCAUAGUGUGGACUCCUAUCGCGUUGACAGUGUUUUUAGUGGCUGUUGCAACACUGUGUAAAGAGCAGGGAAUAACAGUUGUGGGAAUUUGCUGUGUGUAUGAAGUAUUUAUUGCCCAGGGGUAUACUUUGCCAUUAUUAUGUACUACUGCUGGACAGUUUCUUCGCGGAAAGGGUAGUAUUCCAUUUUCUAUGCUGCAGACACUAAUAAAACUCAUUGCUUUGAUGUUCAGUACACUAUUACUUGUUGUGAUUAGAGUCCAGGUUAUUCAAUCCCAACUUCCAGUAUUCACCAGGUUUGAUAACCCGGCUGCUGUAAGCCCAACUCCUACAAGGCAGCUAACUUUUAACUACCUCCUUCCUGUGAAUGCUUGGCUUUUGUUAAAUCCUUCAGAGCUCUGCUGCGAUUGGACCAUGGGAACAAUACCACUUAUAGAGUCAUUUCUAGAUAUUCGAAAUCUUGCCACAUUUAUUUUUUUUUGCUUUUUGGGGGCUUUGGGAGUAUUUGGUGUCAGGUACCCUGGUAAUUCCUCCAAGACUGUUUUAAUGGCACUUUGUUUAAUGGCAUUACCGUUUAUUCCUGCAUCAAACCUUUUUUUCCCAGUUGGAUUUGUUGUUGCUGAGAGAGUAUUAUAUGUUCCUAGCAUGGGGUUCUGUAUUUUGGUAGCCCAUGGAUGGCAGAAAAUAUCGAACAAAAGUGUAUUAAAAAAGUUAUCCUGGGUUUGUCUGUCUAUGGUGAUACUCACUCAUGCCUUAAAAACACUUCAUAGAAAUUGGGAUUGGGAGUCUGAAUAUACGCUGUUUAUGUCAGCCUUGAAGGUAAAUAAAAAUAAUGCCAAAUUAUGGAAUAAUGUGGGUCAUGCUCUGGAAAAUGAAAAGAACUUUGAGAGAGCUUUGAAAUACUUCUUACAGGCUACCCAUGUUCAGCCAGAUGAUAUUGGUGCCCACAUGAAUGUAGGAAGAACUUAUAAAAAUUUAAAUAGAACCAAAGCAGCUGAAGAAUCUUACAUGACGGCUAAGUCGCUGAUGCCUCAAGUUAUUCCUGGUAAAAAAUAUGCAGCCAGAAUUGCACCUAACCACUUAAAUGUUUACAUUAAUCUGGCCAACCUGAUACGAGCAAAUGAGUCCCGACUGGAAGAAGCGGAUCAGCUGUACCGACAAGCAAUAAGCAUGAGACCCGACUUCAAGCAGGCUUACAUUAGCAGAGGAGAAUUGCUUUUAAAAAUGAAUAAACCUGUCAAAGCAAAAGAAGCAUAUCUUAAAGCACUAGAGCUGGACAAAAACAAUGCAGAUCUUUGGUACAACUUGGCGAUUGUUCAUAUUGAACUUAAAGAACCAAAUGAAGCCCUAAAAAACUUUAAUCAUGCUUUAGAACUAAAUCCAAAACAUAAGCUAGCGUUAUUCAACUCUGCUAUAUUAAUGCAAGAAUCAGGUGAGGUUAAACUCAGACCUGAAGCUAGAAAACGACUUCUAAGCUAUGUAAAUGAGGAGCCACUAGAUGCUAAUGGUUAUUUCAAUCUAGGAAUGCUUGCCAUGGAUGACAAAAAGGACACUGAAGCAGAGAUGUGGAUGAAGAAAGCCAUAAAAUUACAAGCCGAUUUCAGAAGUGCUCUGUUUAAUCUGGCUCUCUUGUAUUCUCAGACUGCAAAGGAAUUAAUGGCUUUGCCAAUCUUGGAAGAGUUACUCAGAUACCAUCCUGAUCAUAUCAAAGGUCUCAUUUUAAAAGGAGACAUUCUGAUGAAUCAAAAGAAAGAUAUACUUGGAGCAAAAAAAUGUUUUGAAAAGAUUUUGGAGAUGGAUCCAAGCAAUGUGCAAGGAAAACACAAUCUUUGUGUUGUUUAUUUUGAAGAGAAGGACUUAUUAAAAACUGAAAGAUGCCUGGUUGAAACAUUGGCAUUAGCACCACAUGAAGAAUAUAUUCAACGCCAUUUGAGUAUAGUCAGGGAUAAAAUUUCUUCAUCUAGUUUUGUAGAACAGCCAGUAUUCCCAGCUGGUAAGACUUCAGGUAUAGAAGGAGACAAAAUUCCAACUGAAAAUGAAAAAGAAAUCAAAAGUAAACCCAGACCCACACAGAUAAUAAAAACAAGUGAUAAUAAAAGUCAGUUGAAAUCCAACAAACAGUUAGGAAAAAAUACAGACAAAGAAACACCCCACAAAACAACAAAAGAAAUCAAAGAAAUUGAGAAGAAAAGAGUUGCUGCUUUAAAAAGACUAGAAGAGAUUGAACAUAUUUUAAAUGGUGAAUAGCAUUACCCUUUAUCACGUGACAGUGGUUUCAAAGAACUUCAGUCUAUAUCAUGUGAUUACUUAUACUGAGAGCUUUGAAAAAUAGCAAGGAUACUAGCAGUCUAUCAUAAGCUGCCUCUACGUAGGAUCAAAAUAAGAUUUUCAUUAAAGACCCUUUCAUUACCCCAGGGUAUGUAUUAUAUAUGACAGUAGUUUUUAGAGUUUUGGUGACUAUAGCAGAAAUUACAGGUGGCAAAUUUGUAUCUUUUCUUAUAGAAGGAAGAUUCUUUCAGCAGAAUAAUAUUGAUUACCCUCAGUUAAAAAUAAUCUGAGGCCUGAAUGGUAAUCCCAUGGGGGCAAAUCCAACAUGUGCUGGUUUAUUCUGUGAAUUCAUAUUUAUUAGCUAACUUCAUUUUUCCUUUAACUAUUGGAAUUUGACUAUGGAUUUGAAAACAUUUAUUGAACACAUUCUUUUUCUUCAGUAACCUUCUAUUUCUAAGGGACUUGGCACUACAAAAGAAUACUGGCUGGCUUUCUUUAUGUUGUAUUCUUUUUUUGAUUUUUAGAAGGAACGCCAGAUUAAACAUUUUAAAAUAAGUCAUAUGACAUGUUAGCUUAAGAAUGUAUUUUCAUAACUGUGUGCCUGUCCUUAACUUCACUCUAAAUGGCAAUUUUUAAUCAAGUAAAGUUUUAAAUACAUAUACGCACACACAUUUCUGAUGGUGCUCAUAUAUACUGUAUUUUCAUUUUUUUACGUACUGAGGGUUUCACAGCAUGAACCACAUAAUCAUGACUCUUUGACUUUUAUUUCCCAAACUAUUCCUGUUUAUUAGGGUCAUAGUCAUAUUGAGAAGUCCCAGUAACUAUAACUUGAUUAAACUUUUGAGCUAAAACAUAGUAAGUUUCUCUUUCAUCUUAGUGUUAUCUUUCUAGUGUUACUUGAAUUUUAAUUUUGUUUCCAAAAACAUACCUUAAUUAUUCUUAGAUGCCUUAGAUACCUAAAUUGAGUCCUGUUUAACUGAAGGCAAAACAAUGUGACAAAGUUUAUUUUUAAACACUAAGUUCUUGAUAUCUUAUGGUGUAUAUUUUUAUUAAAUAUUUAUUUUGACUACUGAGCUUCCACAAAAAAUUUAACGCUGUUUUAAGUCCAUCAAGUAUGGAAAGUAAAUUGCUAUUGCAAUUUUCUAUACAUGCAUAUAUUAUGGUUUAACCAAAAUUUCAUCAUUUUUGGCCUGUUGUCCAGCUAGAAAAAAGAUAAUUAGCCUAGUAUAUGAUUAAUAAAUUAGUCAGUUGGUUUUAGCAAAUUUAAACCUGAAAAAUGUUAGUUUGAAGAGUAGAUACAAAUCAAAUUUAUUAAAUCUGACUUUUUUCAUGAGUUAAAAUGCAUAUUAUAAUACCUAAUAAAGUUGGCUUUAAUUUAAAAUGUUAAAUCUCAAGCUAUCAUCUUGGGAUAGUAACUAAUUUCUAAUUAUGUAGCAUUUCAAAAACUGUAUUUCUGUCCCUUUGAGAUAAUUAAUUUCUAAUUAUGUUUCAAAAACCAUAUUCCUGUAACUUUUUUCUUAAAGGGAUGUUUUAUAAAUAGGUCAUAAGAGACAUGGUCUGCAUUAAAGACCUACUCUUACUAGGUUCUCUGAGGCACUGUCAUAGAUUAUUUUUUAGGCAAUAUAAAGCAAGCACUGAUACCACUGGUAGUACAUUUUUGAUUCAUUAAAGCAAUACCUAAUUUCAGUUUUUAAAUUAUAGCUUUGUGACUCCAGAUAUAAGGUGGAGAAUACCUCAUAUACCAUGACUUGAAAAAUGAAAUUGUUAUUGUUACAUUCUCUACAUAUAUCCUGAGAAUAAGUUUGAGUUUGAUCUAUUCUGUUAUAAUAUCAAGUGAGGAUAUUUCAAAAAAGUAGAAGGAAAUCUUUUAUGACAGCAGACCAUAAUAAAAGCUUUGAGUAGUAAUUUAAUAAAAUUAUGUAACUAUUCAAAAGAUAAAAGAUAUAUUAAUAUCCAAUGAUUUUUAUAGAAAAAAGAAUUUUCUCCACAUUAGCACUUAGAACAGUGCCUAUCAUGUAGGAAGUGCUCAUAUUUUGAAUAAUUUAUUUAAAUCAAAUUCACCCUGAGUAAUAAAUAACUUUUCCAAAUCAGUGUUUCUCAACCCUCAUUUCAUAUUAGAAUCAUCUAGACCCCACCCUACAACAAUUACAUCUGAAUUUCUUAUGGGUAGAGCCAUGCUUCAGUUUUUCCAAAGCCUCUCAGAGUGAUUCUAAUUUGUAGUCAGGGUUAGGGACCACUGCUCUAAAUUCCUUCAAGAAAAUCCUCUUAUCUCUCCCGUGUUAACUUUUAAAUUAGUGAUAUAAUCCAAUUAAUUUUGAUGUUUUAACUUCCAUUAAGGAAUAUGCCCUUCUGAUACCUAGUAUUUACUCCAUCUUAAGUUCCAUCAAGCUUGCAUAUGUGUGAGGUGAUUAUUUCUUCUCUUUAAAUUCAUAAUAUAAAUUUUAUUCAAGCCGUUCAGGUGAAAAAGGCAAUGGAUAGUUUUUCCUUUGAAGCUGCCAUUUGGGGGAAAUGGAGGGUAGAGACAUUUUAGCCCAAUUCACUAACCUGUGUUUUGCAGUUGUGAGCAUCUGUAAGUUUGAAAAAGAAAGCUUAUCAUAGGUUUAUGUACUAAUAAGGGGAUGUAGUUUUAGUUCUUGCUGUUUUACAAAAGAAUCUACUCCCUCGGAGUUCUAGGAAAGCUUUGACAAUCCCCAAGGGACAAUUAUGCUACUCCUUCACUCCUUCUCAGAAGGAAGAAUUAACUUUUUCUCAUAUUGCUCCUAUAUGUGUGUCCUUACUAACAUUCAGAAUUGGGAAUUUUAUCUUAUAAUUAUUAUUCCAGUAAGUAAUUUUAUGAAGUUGAUGACUUGGAGGAUAAAGCAAAUAUGUUUGCAAUUUUGUCUUUACUUUUAUGUAGAUGUUUGGUAUGUGAAUUACUCAGUUCUAUUAAAACCUCAUGCCUUUCAUCUAAUUUGAGCUCUCAACUUCAUGUUACAGAAUGCUUCUUUAAGGAUGCUUUAAUGAAAAAUAUUAUGAAAAUAUAUAGAUUUGUAUGUCAGUUUAUACUUCAGAAAUCCAUAUAUUUGUCAUAUUUAUUUUUUUAAAAACCUAAUUGUCUGCAUGACUAAAUCGUAUUUAAAAUGAAAACUCAGAUAUAUCUGGUACCUUUGGCUAGAGUUUUAUCUUUUGGAAGAUGUCAGCCAUCCAUGUUAAGUUUUCAUAAAAUAGUUGAUAAUUGUAUGCAUCUUACAUUACUGUGGUGUCUGUGUGUACCAUAUUUCUAAAUAUUCAGUAUUAAAUUGAUACUUUUUAAAACCUUA